UUGAGCUACAUUAACUGUUCCAGAGCUACUCAAGCCCGCGGGCUAAAGAAUCAUUUUUAACAGGAAGUUUGGUGAAAGCUCCAUCAGUUAACCACUAUUAACUUAGCAGAUGCUAAUCAUUAAUGAAGCUUCUGUGCUGGCUAAGCUAUCCGUACGGCUACCUGCAGCUCUUUGUGGACCGAGAGGAGCGCACCAAGAGAACAGCCCAAUGGAAGCCAAACCCAGGAGGCCAGUGGUGCUACAGCCCCGCUGGAAGCGCGUCGUAGGAUCGACUGGUCCAGUCCCACGGCCCCGGCACGGACACAGGGCCGUAGCCAUUAAGGAGCUGAUGGUGGUGUUCGGCGGGGGGAACGAGGGGAUCGUGGAUGAGUUGCAUGUCUACAACACAGCCACCAAUCAGUGGUUCAUCCCUGCAGUCCGUGGUGACAUCCCCCCCGGCUGUGCCGCCUAUGGCUUCGUGUGUGAUGGGACGAGGCUGCUGGUGUUCGGAGGGAUGGUGGAGUACGGCAAAUACAGCAACGACCUAUAUGAGCUGCAGGCGAGUCGCUGGGAGUGGAAACGUCUGAAGGCCAAAGCGCCAAAGAAUGGCCCACCCCCCUGCCCCCGUCUUGGACACAGCUUCUCUCUGAUUGGAAGCCGGUGCUACCUUUUUGGUGGACUUGCCAACGAUAGCGAAGAUCCCAAAAACAACAUCCCCAGAUACCUGAAUGACCUGUACUGUCUGGAGCUGCGGCCGGGCUCCAGCGUGGUCGGCUGGGAGAUUCCAGCAACGUCCGGCCCAUCACCACCACCCAGAGAGAGUCACACGGCGGUGGUGACGACAAACCACGGGGCCAGCAGGUUAAUCAUCUACGGAGGCAUGAGUGGCUGCCGGCUGGGGGACCUGUGGGUCCUCGACAUAGACUCUCUGGUGUGGAGCAAACCAGGCCUCGGUGGGACGGCCCCCCUACCUCGCAGUCUGCACUCCGCCACCACCAUCAACAACAAGAUGUAUGUUUUUGGAGGUUGGGUUCCUCUGGUGAUGGAUGAUGUUAAAGUGGCGACUCAUGAGAAGGAGUGGAAGUGCACCAACACACUGGCCUGCCUCAACCUAGACACAAUGUGCUGGGAAACGGUGCUGAUGGACACUUCAGAGGAGAACAUCCCCAGAGCUCGCGCAGGUCACUGUAGCGUCGCCAUCAACUCCAGACUUUAUAUCUGGAGCGGCAGAGAUGGAUACAGGAAGGCCUGGAACAACCAGGUGUGCUGCAAAGACCUCUGGUACCUGGAGACCGAGCGUCCCUGUGCCCCCUCUCGGGUGCAGCUGGUGCGGGCAAACACUACGUCUCUGGAGGUGAGCUGGGGGCCGUCACAGACCGCAGACACCUACUUGCUACAGCUGCAGAAGUACGACAUUCCUGCCACACCUGCGGCCUCCUCACCUGCCACAACCCCUUCCCCCACUAUUGCCACACCUGGAGCCAGCUCCCCCAAAAGCUCUGCCCCCGUCACAGCAGUACCAGCCAACCAAACUGUCCCCCUGUCCGGCAUCACACUCAUCCCUACUCCCACUGCAUCUGUAGCUGGAACCCCGUUGGCUGCAGCUGCUAAAGCACCAGCAAUCUUGAAAGUGCCAUCAGCUCCAGGUACAACAGGCGGAGCCUCCAUCGUCACAGUGAGACAGGCCAUGCCCAAGUCGCCAGUUGGUGUGACGACACUUCCUGCAGGUGUUCGUAUGGUGGUACCUGCUCAGCCCGGUCAAACGCCAAUCGGCAGCAAUCCUCAGAUGAGUGGCAUGGCAGCAUUGGCGGCGGCAGCUGCAGCGACUCAGAAGAUCCCUCCAUCUACAGCAACGGUGCUGAAUGUCCCCGCAGGAGCAACCCUAGUGAAGACUGUCGCUGUCAGUCCAGGAACGAGCAGUCUGCCUGUCAAAGUGGUGAGUAACAUGGCCACGGGAAUGUUGAAGACGGCUGCAGCCCAGGUGGGUGGGGCCUCUGUCUCCAACCCUGGGACCCCCAGCAGGCCAAUCAUCACGGUCCAUAAGUCGGGCACGGUGACCGUCUCUCAGCAGGCUCAGGUGGUCACGACGGUGGUGGGUGGAGUCACAAAGACCAUCACUCUGGUUAACAGCCCACUGAGCAUGGGAGGAGGCGGGACACUGCUCAGUAACCUCAGCAGCCUGGGCAAAGUGGUAUCGGUGGUCCAGACCAAACCAGUUCAGAGUGGUGCCGGUACGGUCCAGGCUGGGAGCAACGCAGUAACUCAGAUCCUCCAGGCUAAGGGCGGUCUCCCUGCAGGAACCAUCCUGAAGUUGGUAUCGUCUGCCGAUGGUAAGCAGACCACCAUCCUCAGCACGGCACAGGCUGGAUCCUCAGCAGGGAAACCCACCAUCCUGGGCGUCGCGCCGGGAGCCUCCAAACCCGGAACCACCAUCAUUAAGACCAUCCCAGUGUCAGCUUUGCAGGGAGGCGCAGGUGGAAACAGUCCGAUCACCAUCCUGACUACCAAGAUGGUGACUCCAGGGACCGCUGGAAAAAUCCUCACCACCGUGCCAAAAGUGUCUGCAGGUGGCCAGCAGGGGGUCACACAGGUGGUGUUGAAAGGAGCUCCAGGUACGCCGGGCACAAUCCUCAGGACCGUCCCGAUGAGCGGAGUCAGACUGGUCUCGCCAGGAGGUGUUGGCACCAAGCCCGGCACAGUAACCACGUUGGUUGUCAAGGGAACCACAGGUGUCUCCAAUCUGGGGACGGUUACAGGAAACAUCUGCACUACCGUGGCAGGAACCGCCGGUGCUCAGGUUAACGCCUCCUUGGCAACGCCAAUCACCACCCUGGCAACUGUUGCCACAUUGGCUGGCCAGGUCACGACAGCCACAGCUGCCACUGGACCUAAGCAGGUGACUCUGAUCACAACACCAAGCGGUGCAGAGGCUCAGCCGGUCGUCCAGGAUCUGCCAGUCUCUAUCAUGGCUUCUCCUACUUCAGAGGAACCUGGAAGUACUACGAUUACGAGUACAACAACUACUGCACAGGGCGAGACUGGGGAAAGUGCAGUUGCUGCAGUGACAAUGGUCUGCUCCAACCCGCCCUGUGAGACGCACGAGACGGGAACGACCAACACCGCUACCGUCGCUAGCGCAAACAUCGGCGGUAGCAACCAGGUCUGCUCCAACCCGCCCUGUGAGACGCACGAGACGGGAACGACCAACACCGCUACCGUCGCUAGCGCAAACAUCAGCGGUAGCAACCAGGUGUGCUCAAACCCGCCCUGUGAGAUGCACGAGACAGGAACAACUAACACUGCCACGGUGGCCUCAGCGAGCAUGAGACAGGAGCUGCAGAUGAGUUCAAACCAGCCUGCAGCUCAGCAGUCAGCUCCACCUGCUGUCAUUCUGAACACCUGCUCAAAUCCACCGUGUGAGACCACCAACACCGCCACCACUGCUGGAGUUGGUGGGCUCCAACAGGUGUGUUCGAAACCACCAUGUGAGACCCACGAGACCGGGACCACCAACACUGCCACCACUGCUGGAGCUGGAGGGCUCCAACAGGUGUGUUCGAAUCCACCAUGUGAGACCCACGAGACUGGAACCACCAACACCGCCACUACUGCUACAGCUCAGCAGGGUGGAGACAGCCAACAGGGGGAAUCCACAGAACCUUCCACAUCUGAGCCCCCCUCCACAGCAGCCAAUCAGAGCAGAGCUAUUACUACUGUUACACAGGCCACGCCCACACCAGGACCAUCCAUACCUGAGAUCUCGUCGUUGGUCGGACAGCCACGGGAGGAGUCCUCAGAGGCUGUUGCUAUGGACACAGCAGCAGAUGAGGGGGAUGAGCCUAUGCAGACAGACAGCCAAGCAGAGGAUGUGAUGUCAUCAGCAGCGGCAGUGUUACACGUUCAUGUUGAGGGCGGUGAUACGGCAGCACAGAUGGCGUCCUCAGACGGUGGUCUUCCUCAGGAGUUGAUGUCGUCUGAAGGGGACGGAGGCGAGGACAUCUCUGGGACGACGACAACCCUGAUGGUGACAGGGGCGCUGAUGCCGGAUCAGCUGGCUGUUACCACGGCAACAGAGGAAGCGGCCCAGCAGGCGACGAUACAGGCAGUACUGCAGGCAGCGGGACAUAUCGGUGACGCAGAGGGCUCGGAGCAGUCUAUUCCCAUCGUUCUGACUCAGCAGGAGCUGGCAGCGCUCGUCCAACAGCAGCAGCAACUGCAGAACAUCCACCAACCAGAACCGGAGCCUGAGCCAGAACCGGAGCCACAGCACAGCAGCAUCCCUACAGAGGGCCUUGCUCCUGCAGACAGCCUCAAUGACCCGGCAGCCGACACGAGUAACGGACACGAGCUGGCAUCAUCGGCGGUAACGAGCGCUGUUGCGCGAUUGGCCAGCACGUUUGGUCCCGCCCCCACUCUGACAUCAGGGCAGGUGAAGAAUGAAGCACCUGCCGCACUGCCAGAGGCCCCCAACGGCAUCGCACCGACUGCGCCGGUGAAGACGUCGGUGAAGGAGGAUCGGUGGUUCGACGUCGGCAUCGUUAAAGUCACCAACAUGGUGGUCUCGCAUUACUACGUCCCCUACGACGACAACACACCUGACGACGACUCGGGCGUGGUCCCGGACUACAGUCGAAUGAGAAAGGUGGAGCUACAACCGGGGACAGCCUACAAGUUCCGUGUGGCAGGCAUCAACAUCUGCGGCCGUGGCGCGUUCUCAGAGGUGUCGGCAUUUAAAACGUGCCUGCCCGGUUUCCCCGGAGCACCCUGUGCCAUCAAGAUCAGCAAGAACCUGGACGGGGCCCAGCUGACUUGGGAGCCUCCCGCCGUCACGUCGGGGAAGAUCACGGAGUACUCCGUCUAUCUGGCCAUCCACUCCAGCCAGGCUUCCUCCUCCUCCUCCUCCAGUUCAGGUUCUGGUGCCACCCAGCUGGCCUUCAUGAGGGUCUACUGUGGCCCCAACCCGUCCUGCCUGGUCCAGUCCUCCAGCCUCGCCAACGCACACAUCGAUUACACAACCAAACCCGCCAUCAUCUUCCGCAUUGCAGCUCGCAACCAGAAGGGCUACGGUCCCGCCACGCAGGUCCGGUGGCUGCAAGAAACCAGUAAAGACCCCAAAGCUGCGGUGAAGAGACCCGCUGCAGACCUUAAAUCUGCUGGACCAAAGAAGUUCAGAACCGACCAAUAGGAGGAGUCGACUUUCUCCUGAAGACUGUGAUUGGUUACUGUUGCUUGGUUGCCAGAACCAGGAGGAGGCGGGACUCUGGAAACAAACAAAACAAAAGACUUGUAGGAUAUUUGUACAUUUUUUUUUUGACCAAUCAGAACUCUUCUUCCUUUGUUGCUUCUUUCUGCUGUUGUCAUGGAGACAAUGUUGGACAGAGUCAACAGCAUUUCUCCAAAUGGGAUUAAAAUUUGAAUUUAUUUGAGUUAUAUGUAGGUAGCUCUCUCUCUCUCUCUC